UAAUCUUAGUAACCGCGCCAAAAUUAACAGAAAAGAAGCAAACAUGGCGGCCGAAGAACAAACAGUUGACUAUGAUUUUGUCUUAGACUCAAAUAUCCAUGUCAUACAACCAGACAGAGGGGUGAGGGUUCGACGGUGGCUCAGCCAUGAAGUGGAGCAACUGAUAGACCUGUUUGAGGAAAGGCCUUGCCUUUGGGAUGUCUCCAAUAAAGAAUAUUACCAAAAAGGGAACAGACAGCGUGCAGAAGAAGAGAUCGCAGAGCAAAUGGGGAUCACGCUAAAUGAUGUCAAGUCUAAAAUAAAAAGUCUGCGUUCUCAACUUGGACGCGAGAUCUAUAAAAUAAGGACGAGCGAAAACUAUGUGCCAAUCUGGGUAUUCUGGCACAAAUUGCAGUUUCUUGCCGACGUGAUGCGAGAAGGGAGAAAAAGAGAUUCGAUGCGGGUGUCGAUGGCGAUUGCAAGUCCAGAUCGGGUUCCCGAUAUCAAACGAAAUGACUCUCCCGUUGAAGUAGAUAACAAAUGCGAAGUCGUUCAUUUAAAUGAGCCGAUCGACGAAGUCAUUCCAACUCUUACACAAGCUGUUCAUAGGCCACCCAAAAAAAGAAAACCAGAAGAAACACCACCUAGAGAACUAACACCAAGACCGCAAAAUGGCAAUCUUCAACAAUCAACCCCCUCUAGCCUUGCAACUUGUAUUCAACAGAUCCUCAAGGAACAGGCUCCGCGAGCAGAGCAAAGGGAUCAUACCCCACAAACAGACUACAGGGGAGCACAGUGUGCAUUCUCUGUUUACAUUUCUGAACGGUUGAGAAAAUUCGACCGGAGAACGAGAAUAAUUGCUGAAAAACGAAUAACUGACAUUCUCUUUGAGCUCGAAAUGGAAACUCAUCAUCUUGAACAGCAAAACUGGCAAACCCCUUCAUGAACAUAGACUAACACUGCAAAGACUGUGAUGCAUAGAGAUUAUUUUUCCUACUUCCAAAUCAUCAUUUCCAAGGCUUGCUUUUUAGCCCAACAGUUACCUCCCAUCAACGAUUUAAAAUUACAGUACCAUAACCGCUUGAAUAAAUGCCAUGAGAGGAAGUGCUUAUCUCAAAAUCUGUUUCAUCUCUAGAUAUAUUUUUUACAACCUGCAAUGAGUAAACAUCGUAAGAACAAUAACAAAGCAAGCUUUCGGUAAUAAAGCGUUUCACUGUGUAUUAUGAUUCUAAUUUCCUUCUAAUGUAAAUCCCCCUUUUCAUAGAAUUCUAUAAAGCAGAACACAUGUAGGCGGGUGCUUAUUUGGGAAAGGUGCUUCUUUGUAUUUUUACCCUCUCAGGUGAGCGGCUUUUUCGGUGGAGGCCCUUAUUUUGAGCAAUUACAGUAAAUGUAUUAGAAAUAAAAUAGAGUCUCCACUUGUGAGCUUUGUUGCAUAUAUUGAACCUUUGCUAAAAUACAGUCAUACAUUUUGUAAACCAUA